UUCAUAGAGAUAAGGUACUUCUUCACAAUGCACAUUCAAGGCAUAGAACAUGCUUUUGUGCUGGCCAGCUUAUACACACACCCCGACCCCAUAUUGUUCCAUAAGUCAUCUAGUACAGUCACCUCUUGCAUCCAUCAAGGUGACAUAGCCCUCACCGUGAUCCAUGUCAAGUGCAUAAUAGCUGGCAUCGCAAUGGUGCUGCAUACAUUACUGCAUACUGCCAUGCAGGAGAGAUUUUUUGUAGUUGAGAAGCUUGGUCUUGAUGUUGCGUGCAUGGAUGGCAUAGUUAAGGAGACUGUUGAGGAGUAG